UUUUUCUCUUUCUCCUUCUGCCAUGGCUCGGAACCGGGUCCCCAUUCAAGGUCACAUUGCAAUGCAGAAGCCCGAAUCUUACGGGACAGUGAGCGGAGACGCUGCGGUUGAAGUUGAGGAAACACCUGUUGACAAAAGCGCAAUGCUCAACCAGGGCAAUGGAGUAGGACAAGCAUCAGCAUCUCAGAAAAGCAGUUUUUGUUUGAGCAAUUUAUUGGAAAGUUAUACCGUGGACUACUCUGGGUAUUUACAAGUGAAAAUAAGAGCUGCUUUCUAUCCCAAGUUUGAAAAUGAGAAGUCAGACCAGGAGGUUUCACUUAAACACUCUGGGCCUCUUUUUAUGUAUGCUGGUAAUGGUGGAGCAUAUGCGAAAAAGAGCUUUGGCAAUAUAUACACUGCUGUGGGUGUUUUUGUUCUCGGUCGGACAUUGCAAGAGGCGUGGGGAGCAGAAGCAGCUAAGAAGCAAGCAGAGUUUGAUGAACUUCUUGAGCAUGUAUAAGCAUAUCAAUGGAACUGGUUCCUGCUGUUCUAGGAGAUCAUGGACAGCGCCCUCAGGAAGAUUAUGGUACUUUCCUUUCUCUCUUCCAUGAAGAAGAGGUUAUGGUACUUGGUUGCUCUAUGUUAUGUUCAACAAUAUGUUUGCAAAAGUAAAGCUAUAUUUUGGAAUGAAGUAUCGAAAACAUAUAUUAAUUGUUGCU